GCCGGAGAUCGGAGGCAAGGAGCAGUGUUAGCUCAGCUCUGGCAACGAUCGCCUCAUUCUGUACGCCUGUACCGCGCUUUUAUAAUUCAUUAUUCGUAUAUCAUUCAUUGACCGGUGUCGCAAAAUGAAUAAGCUAACACUUUCGCUGUUUGUGGCAAUUUUAGCUCUCGUACACAGCGCGACUAUACUUGACCUCCUGGAUUGGGAAGAUGGCAAGAAACUAAUAGAAGUUCCAGAACUAAGAAAUGACCAACCGAACAGAAACUGUUUGUGCAAAGGACCAGCGUGCGUCUGCUGCGUUGAUUUCAACAUUACGUUUGUCGAUUUGGGAGGACCUGGAUGCGUUCACAUGAAAUAUCUAUCACCUGAAGAUGGCUUCUCAGUAAAUGUUUCAUAUGGAAAAAAUCUUCUCCACAGUUCCAAAAUACAAGGCUCGAAUCCCGCACCAAUAUGUCUGCAAGUAUUCGGAAAGUUCGCACAGGUUUGCGCCAAGUUCAGUGACUUGGCACCCACCGCCGAUGGUCUCAGAGGUUGCCUUGAGUUGGAACCGAAACUGUUAGGAGAGGCUCAAUUGGACUUCCCUAUUGGCUGCUUUAAGUCCACUCCUGGUGGUAUGGAAAUGGAAGAUCCACCAGCUGAAGAAGAAACAACCGAAGAACCCACAACAGAAGAGAACACAUUCGACGCUGAAUCGUUUUUAGUCAGUGUCUAUCAAACAGCAGAACAGGGUGUAGCGUUCCUAAGUAGCCUCCUAGAUAUCCCAUCAAAACGUAACACUACAACCACUGCUGCUCCUGCUACUGUACCACCAGAAACCCAAAGAAGGGCAUCAAAAAACCUAAAACAUCCUAACCAACUGUGAUGAUACAUUCAUUUAUAACAGAAGUACAAAACAGCAUUUCGUAGAUAAGGUUUAGCUUGCCUAGCUCUCUGGUAACUGAAGUAACACUUCUCGUCCUAUUUAUUGCUUUAAUGUUUACUAGGAUAAAUAAACGUUGUUAAUGUUU